CAACGUUACCCCCCGAGCUCCGCGCCGAUGACUGCCCCCGGCUGCCGCAGAGCCGGCGCCCGGCCGCCCGCGGCAGGGCAGGCGGGCCGCCGGCGCGCUGCAGCGCUGGCCCUCGCCGCCGCCGCCGCGCUCUGCGCGUCGCCGCCGGCGUUCGCCUCGCCGGAGGCGGGCGCCGAGCGCGGCAGGAGCAGGUCGGCGGCCGACGGCCGCCGCGGGUUGCUCGCCGCCACGCUCGGCGGCCUGAUCGGCUCGGCGGCCAUGCAGGACGAGGCCCCGGCGAUGGUCGAGUUCGCGAGAAAGGUGGCGUACCCGCCGAUCGACAGGAAGAACAAGAAGCGCUGCGUGUGGCAGAGCUCCUCGAUGGGGCAGUCCAAUGCUGCGCGCGCGGAUGGGGGGAUCUUCGACCUGCGCGAGUGCGACCUCAGCGGCACGAGCGCUGCAAGCAAGGACAUCUCAGGAGUGCUGAUGAACGACGGGAAGUUCUCCGGUGUCGAUUUCCAGGAGACCGUCAUGAGCAAGGCGAUCGCGGAGGGCGCGGACUUUUCGAACGCGAACUUUAGGAAUGCGAUCGCUGACAGGGUCGAUUUCAGGAAUUCGAACUUCCAGGGGGCUAGCUUCCAGAACGCCGUGAUUACUGGAUCAAAUUUUGAGGGCGCUGAUCUCACAAAUGCCGAUUUCACGGACGCGUACAUUGCCAUGUAUGACGUGAAGCCGCUCUGCAAAAACCCAACGAUGAAGGGCACGAACCCCAAGACUGGCGCGGACACGUACGAGAGCGCUGGGUGUUUCAACACAGGGCUCGCGCGGUGAGUGGUAGUGUGCGCUUAGCUUUUCUCACAGUGCAGCUUCUCGCACUGGUGAUUUCAGAUGUUGUAGACACACCUUCGAUUGAAGGCCUUUUCUGCCGAACCCAAGGCAACACGCAAAAUUGUUUGGUUCUCUCAGCAAAAAAGCAGAAUGGUUUGAUACCGCGGGAUUGCGGCGCCUUGCCAGGGCCCAACAUACCCCGAU